AUGGAGCUAAUAUCAAGGGCAAAGUUGGCCGCAGACAUGGACGGGUCCGAACGCAAGCCAAUCCCGGCUUAUUACUGCUGUUAUCUCCUCAGGUCAACAGUCAGACAUGCCUCACUAUACAUUGGUUCAACGCCAAACCCAAUCCGACGACUCCCUCAGCACAAUGGCAUCGCCAAGGGUGGGGCCAAGCGAACUGCGAGAGACAGUCUACGACCCUGGGAAAUGUCCCUGGUAGUGGAGGGGUUCAUGAACCGAGUCGGGGCUUUGCAAUUCGAGUGGGCCUGGCAACAUCCGGAGAGAUCUCGGCACCUUGGAUCCGAGGAUGAAGUAGAUCCCAAUGCUCCAGCCAAGCCUAAUAUCAACCCCAAGACGGGUAAGCCCAAGGCCAAACCGCGUGCGCGUGUCAGACGAUCUUUGACGGCUCAUUUGGAGGAUCUGCAUUCGCUACUACGGUCAUCUUAUUUCUCGACGUGGCCAUUGCGUGUUCGCUUUUUCCGAGCCGAUGUAUAUCGUAUGUGGCGGGUUUGGAGUGAUCGAGUUGAUGGACGCCUCCCUCCAAAUAUCAAGAUUAUUUUAGAUGGCGACAAUCUCGGCGCGGUGCCGGCUAUGCAGAAAGGCAACGACCUUGCUCCUGUCGGGGGCGUGACUAACUUAUCGGUUGAUUAUACCAGGUUGGAGGACUAUCUCGAGAAAACCCUGUUCAUUGUGGAAGAUGCAGAAGACCUACAGUGCAAGUGUUGCAAUGGAUCUGUGUCUCCGGAGAAGGAACAGAUUGUCGUGUGUCCACAACCAGAGUGUCGUGGCACAAGUCAUAUUUUGUGUUUAUCUACCAGGUUUCUCGACGCUGCCAAUGACCCGGACCGCCUGACACCAGUUCAAGGGACCUGCCCAGAAUGUGAAUCGGUGGUACAAUGGUCGGUUAUGAUGAAAGAGCUUAGUUUCCGCAACCGAGCAGAAAAAGAAGCGCGCGCAGUGGUAGCAAAGAAAGAGAAGCGUCUCCGCAAAGAAUCAAAGGCAUCAUCUGGAGCCCAGUCAUCUCCUGUGAAGCCCAGGUCCCAACGGACGCGAGAACCAAUUGAAGAAUCGACUGAAGACGACCUAAGACCAGACUGGUACCAAGAGGUUGAUCUGGAAUCCGACUCCGAUUUCGACAGCCGACAAAAGAGCAAGACAUCUCAAUCUGCGCAAAAACUCGAAGUCGUGAUCGAAGACAGCGACUGGGAUGACGCUGAACUAGUGGAAUAA